AUGGAACGUAGUUCAGUGGAACAAAAACAAGGUGACGCCCCUACUGAAGGCAACAAUGUGGGAACAGAAUGUGUAAUGGACUAUAGUGAUCAAUUCACAACUUAUUCGAUAUUCAAUAGUAGAGAUGCAUUACUUCGAUGGGCUCGUGAACAAGGAAAAUUGAAUAAUAUUGUCAUUGUAAUUAAAAGGUCUAAUUAUGGAGGUGAGGGCAAGAGGAGACCUCGUGUAAUACUUGCUUGUGAGAGGAACGGUAACUAUAAGUCUUGCAAGUAUAGUGAGACAACUGAUAUAAGGUCGGAUGCAAAUAGUGAUAUUAAAAAAUGUGCUAGGGACACUGGUACCAAGAAAUGUGGAUGCCCAUUCUUGUUAAAAGGUGUCAAUAUUGGUGAUGGGAUGAUUGGAAGUUGGAGGUGGUUUGUGGAGUACACAACCAUCUUAUUUCAAAGUAUCUUCAAGGUCAUUCAUUUGUGA